CCAAAAGGGAGACAUGGAUUGCUCGCGUGACAUGGUGGCUAUUGUGGAGGGACCAUCUCCAAGCAUCAAACCUUUGCCAUGGAGGAAUCCAAAUACAUGAGAUCAGUUUGGGGGCCAAAAGACAAACUUUGAUUUGGACCUCAUUUUCUUCUACCACCUUGCUUUCUCAGCCUCUCCUAAUUAAAAUGACGACAACGACGAUGAUGACGACAACAAAAAAUAUAUAAAAGAAGUGAGCAAUAUAGAGUUGUUCAUCUCCUUCCUCUUCUCUUCUCGUCUCUUGGUUUUCAACGUUCGCUUAAUAUUUAGCUUCUCCUCGAAAGCAUGAAGAAAAUUGUGGUGAAAGUGGGCUUGCAAGAUGACAAAGAGAAGCGAAAGGCCAUGAAGGCAGUCGCCACUCUUCAAGGGAUCGAUUCGGUGGCCAUAGAGAUGAAGGAUAAGAAGAUGACCGUGAUCGGUGAAGUCGAUCCUAUUGACAUCGUUGGCAAGCUAAGAAAAGGGUGGGCCACCGAGAUAGUCUCUGUGGGGCCAAAGGAAGAACCCAAGAAGGACGAAGGUAAGAAAAAGGAAGAAGAAGAAAAAAAGAAAAAGGAAGAAGAGGAAAAAAAAGAAAAGAUAAUUAAGGAAUUCAUGGAAGCGAGCUAUGGCCAUCUCUACGUACCCAACCGAUAUUAUGCCCCAAGCGGCGAGGAGAAUCCAAAUGCUUGUGCUAUUCUCUAAGUCGUGUAAAUAUCAAGAAGGCUUUCUUAAUUUGUAUUCUAGAUAAUGGGAGAAGUGGUAGCUCAUCAAUAGGUUAAUGUGUUUGAGAACGAUCCAAAUACAAUUC